GCUCAACAAGUGGCUUGUGGAUAGAGUUGAACUGAGUUUAGCCAGGCAAACAGCUGUGAUUGAAACGCUUUUCGCGCCUUUUUGCUUUAUUUUGUUUUUAAAACUUGUACCGAGUGUUUUGAUUCAUCGUUCAGUUCUUUUUUCACCGCCGCGUUUGAUUUGGCCAGACAAUCCCGGCUGUAAAGAGACUUCACCUGCGCCGGAUUUGUUUGACUUGAUUAGGUUCGCUUGGACACUUUUAAUUGGCUGCUUUACGCACUGCGCGAUUGAAACUCACGGUGUGCGGUGGCAUGAUGUACAGCAUGAUGGAGCACGAACUGAAGACCGCGGGUCAACCUCAUCCCCACCAGACCAGUCCAGGGAUGUCUCCUCCGGUCAGCGGGGUUGGAAGUGCGCACCACGCAUCAAAAACCUCUUGUCCACCCGGCGGGGACCCCAUGGACAAAGUGAAGCGCCCCAUGAAUGCGUUUAUGGUGUGGUCCCGGGGUCAGCGGAGGAAAAUGGCACAGGAGAACCCCAAAAUGCACAACUCGGAGAUAAGCAAACGUCUCGGGGCGGAGUGGAAACUUUUAACGGACACCGAGAAGCGGCCGUUCAUCGACGAGGCCAAACGGUUGCGGGCAGUGCACAUGAAGGAAUACCCCGACUACAAAUACAAACCUCGGCGCAAGACCAAAGCCCUCAUGAAGAAGGACAACCCCAUCGGUAAAUACCCUCUCGCGGCCGGCAACCUGUUGGCAUCAGCCGUGGCACAGGGACAAGGCGGGAGCCCGAGGAUGGACGGCUAUGGCUGGGGUCACACCGCUGGUUAUAUGGGAAUGCAGGGUGAAGCACUCGGAUACCCGCAACAACUGCACCGAUACGACCUGUCAGCUCUCCAGUACCCGCCGGCACAGACCUACAUGAACGGCGCCAGCUCUUACAGCCAAAUGUCAUAUAGUAGCAGCCCUCAGCAGCCCAGUCCAGUGAUGUCUAUGGUUAAACCGGAACCUCUGUCCCAUUCACCUACUGGAGUACCAAACCACCACCGUGGGGCUUUCCAAGGGGACCUGAGGGACAUGAUUAGCAUGUACAUUCCAGGUGGCGAUACCAGCGAUACGGCAAACCAGAGGGCCUACCCUGGUGUCCAACAGCACUAUCUUGGUGGAACUGUUCCCCUCACUCAUAUCUGAAGUUUAGGGAAUGAUCCCUGAACUCCUAUUAGCUGGACCCUUAUUGGGACCGUAGUGCCACACAUAGACUGUAUGGAUUAUCGAACACUUCUGAUUGUUUACUACCUCCUUGCUUUGAAUGAUCUGAAGAUGUCUGUUGAACGUGUAUAGAGAAUUUAGCCUUUUCAGUCUUGUUUCCUGUCUUUGCAGCUAUCAUGUCUUGACCAGGUGUAAAUUCCUGUCACUUUAAGGUUGUCAGCUCAUUUCUCUAUUCUGUAUUCUAGCACAGCCAUCCUCUUUGUUGCUAAGACUUUUUUAGCUUUUUGUGCUCUGUGCAAUGUUUAGAACAUGCAUUGUUCAUGCAGCAGUGGGCAAUCAUGAUCCACAAGUUAAUUGGUCUACAAGCAGUGCCGCAUUUUGGGAACUCCAAAAAACAGGUCAGGUAAUAAUGAUUUUAACAGUGGUGACCUUGAGUGCAUUUUUAAUUUCUUUGCCCAAACUAGCUCAGCACAUGCAAUAACAAUGUGAUGGGUGAAGUUGACCUAAGUGUCUCUUUAAAUCUGGGUAUUGAUAUCCAGUGUUUUUGGACAAUCUCAGGGCUUUCUUGAAGUGACAGCAUAGAUCGGCUGUGACAUUGCCUCAUCUAAUUAGAAGUCCUUGAAACUGUUACCCAAAUUGUUAUGGAGAGGAGGGGGGAAAAGUAACUUGUCACUAUCCGCUUUGUUUUCCUACUUUUUAAAUAACCGCUGUAAAUUCAUAGGUACCAUACCAGUGUGCAUGUUUGUGAACCUAACUUUUUUUUUUUUUUUUUUUUUUUUUUUUUUGUGUAGUCUAAGGAAAUUGCACUCCUGUAAAUUGGUCGAUUUCAGGCAUCUUUACAGGUUGCUAAAUGUCUUUUUAUCUAUUCCAGCAUUUCCCUCUUAUGGGUCAAACUCGAAUGCACUGAUCUUUGCUAUCAGUCAAUGCACUUCGUUAGACUAGGAGGUUAUAGACCUGAUCACCUGGUCUUUCUCAUUGUACCACAGCAUUAAGUUUGCUUUUGCCAUUACAGUAUGGUUGACCAGUGAGUUCAGUGAACUUGACUGAAAUGUUCUUUUUGGGCAGAGUUUUUUUUUUUUUUUUUUUUUUCCUCCUUCCCCACAGUGACCUGGUCCUUUUUGUCAACAAAAUGCAAAGUUAUGUCAAGGUCUUGAGACUUGUUUUGAACUCAAACUGUGUGUAGGCAUUGUCAGAUGCAAGUCAGUCUGACUCAUUGUUGCCACAAAGCUUGGUCAGUUAGUUACUAAUGUUUUGGUUAAUUUAAAUGGUGAUUUAAGCACAAUGAAAAAAGUUUACAUUGCCAUUGAAGUGAGUGUGCAGCUUGCUGUUAAAUUUUAAAAAUGGUUUUAAUUUUGGUUGUAAAUACCUUUUUUGUACAGUGUAUAUUGUUUUUUUUUUGUUUUCUGGCUCUUAUAAGGGCCAUUUUUACAGAAUAAAUGACAA